AUGUGGAUUUCUAUGCAGUUCAUGAUGGCGGUAAUUCUGCCAUGGACCACUUUUGCGCAACAAUAUGGAACUUGUACGGCCAGGAAUGGUCUUAGUGGAGAAUGCAUUAACACGGGAAUGUGUUCAGCCAGCGGUGGAAUCUCGGAUCCAGCCAAUCUCUGCCCUGGUGACAACACGAUCCAGUGUUGUACGUAUGGUACAUGCAAGAAUAGUAAAGGGGUGGCAGGCAUCUGUCAACCAACUUCAACUUGCAAGGGCAGCUCCGAUCCGGCCAACCUUUGCCCUGGUGGCAACAAUAUUCAAUGCUGCACGGUAGGGUCUACUCCGACUGGCCCUGUACCCAGUAAACCAAUUAACACGAUGCUCACGGGUUUGGCUGACAUCCUUCGUGGUGCCGGUCUAAACGUGGUCGAAGUGGCUGGCUGGAAGACUCGUGGUCAUGGUGUAAUGGCGUCUGUGAAAGGCAUCAUUGUUCAUCACACGGCAGGUUCAUCGACGGGCGACUAUCCAUCGUUGGCAGUCGUUCGUGACGGUACUUCUAGCCUUGCUGGCCCACUCUCACAACUCGGACUAGGCCGCUCUGGAACUUGGUUUGUGAUUGCAGCAGGUCGUUGCUAUCAUGCCGGCAGCACCCUCGAUGACUCCAUAUAUGGAAAUUCCAAUGCAAUUGGUAUUGAGGCCGAGGGAGUUGGUUUACCAGCUACCGAUAGUGGACACGUACACUGGCCGGAAGUACAAUACCAGAGCUAUGUGAAAGGUGUUAAAGCUCUUCAGAAUGCUUACGGUGUGCCUACUGCUCGCGUGUUGGGACAUAAGGAGGCGGCAGUACCAAAAGGUCGCAAAAUCGAUCCCAAUUUCUCUAUGGCUGAGUUUCGUACUAAACUCGGCUAA